CGCACCGGGCAGCGGCACCAGCUCCGGCCCCUCGGGUCGUGCCCGGCUUCGGGCCAGCUCGCCGUGACAGCCGCUGCGGGGUCAGCCCGCGGCAGCGUUUGCUCCGAGUGGUUCUGUCUCAAAUCGCCUAUUGUUGUGCCGCCGAGCCCCGCUCCGCUGUUGUCUCGGGCUUCGCUCUCGCUCGCAGGAACGCCUCGCAGGUCCUCGGCGUGCAGAACAAAGAUAGCUGGAAACUACGCGGAGAAAGCGCGAUUCGCCUCCUCCUUUCUCUUCAGCUUCGCGGACGGCCGCGGCUGCCGGGGCUCUGCUCACCAACGCGGGCAGGAGAAUUGUGUUAGCGCCCUGGUCGGCAGCUGCUGCCCUUCCAGCCGGGGCUGGGGGUGAGCGGGUUUGGCUGCCGAAUCGCUCCGGCUCUCGUGAAUGCUCUGUUGUCCGACCGUAGCGGGUGUCUGCUCUGAGGGGAGAUUAUUUUUAGUUUCUGCACCAGACUAUAUUUAAACCUUGGAUAUACUUUAGAACGAGCAGUGACUGUGCACAGUCCUGUAGGUGAGAGGUGUGUAGAAGAAGGGAAAAUGGCUCAAGAAACCAACCGUAGCCAAGUGCCUAUGCUUUGUUCCACUGGUUGCGGAUUUUAUGGGAACCCUCGUACAAAUGGCAUGUGUUCAGUGUGCUACAAAGAACAUCUUCAAAGGCAGAACAGUAAUGGUAGAAUUAGUCCUCCUGCAACUUCUGUCAGUAGUAUAACUGAGUCCUUACCAGUUCAAUGCACAGAAGGCAGUGCCCAGGAAACUCAGUCAACUUUAGAUUCUACAUCAACUCCAUCUAUGCAGCCAAGCCCUGUGUCAAGUCAGUCACUUUUAACAGAAUCUGUAGCAUCAUCCCAACCGGAUAGUACGGCCGUGGACAAAACAGUACCUGAGACAGAAGAUUUGCAAGCUUCAGUGUCAGAGAACGCAGAGCCUACACCUGAAGAACAAGACAAGUCACUUGACAAACCAAAACAGAAAAAGAAUCGCUGUUUCAUGUGCAGGAAGAAGGUUGGACUUACUGGGUUCGAGUGUCGGUGUGGAAACGUUUACUGUGGUAUGCACCGCUAUUCAGAUGUACACAGUUGCUCUUACAAUUAUAAAGCUGAUGCUGCUGAGAAAAUCAGAAAAGAGAAUCCUGUAGUUGUUGGGGAAAAGAUCCAGAAGAUCUGAACUGCUGCUUCUGCUGGAAUACAAAAUCCUUUGACCAUCUGCAGAUUAAAUUGACUUGAGCUUUUUUCCUUAGUCAUCAGGAAUGUAGAGCAGUGUAUCUUGCCUAGACCUUUUAAUCAUGCAUGUCAUCAGAUGAAUAGAUUUUGUUUUUGUUUUUGUUUUUUGAAAAUGACUGAACAUUUAUUUUCAUUGCAGUUUUCUGUGGCUGAAGACUUAAGUAAAACUUUACAAGUAUUAUCCUUUAAGAUCAUUUUAAUUUUAGUUGAGUGCAGAGGGCUUUUAUAACAAACAUGGAGAAAAUAUUGGAGGGCUGUGCUUUUCCAGGUUAAAACAUGCAUGCGUUAACUUUGCAGUUUAUUUUCUUGUUGUAUAUAGCUUUUCUCUGCAGCACAAUUUCCUUUUUUUGAUAAUGCCUUGUAUGGCACAACUAGUUAUCAGUAACUGAAUGUAUUUUAAUCAUUAUGGCUGCUUCUGUUUUUUUCCCCAUUAACGAGAGGUUAUACAUGUUCGCAUAUUAGCUUGUUUGCACCCUCUACCUAUUUAUGUAUGAAUCAUUUGUAAUGAGAGUGUGUGCUGAGAUUGUCUGUGUGUUUUUUUAAAUUGGUUUUUGUUUCUGUGUGUAUGGGGGGAAGGCUGUAUGCACAUCACUGACUGCAGGUUUCAUUGGGAGUACAUCCAUCAGUCUGUCUGUACACAAAUAUGAAGAAUGAUCUGAAGUACCUGUGCUGUAUUUAUGUUUAUCCACGUCUUAACUUUGAUUAAAUAAAAUUUAAAAAAUUGA